CCUCGGUCUCAUCUCGAUCCCAGUCGCCUCUUUCCCUCUUUGAGGUACCGUCUUUUUUACCAGGCUCACCGGUGGCCAAAAUAUCGAGGUAUCGACCCGAUACAUAUACAUACAAGUCUACAUAGCAGUCAACAAUACAAAACGAUGCCUUCUUCGCAGGCCGACUUUCCCUCCAGCAUAGCCGGAUCUUCUCGAGGUUCUUAUACCGAUACCAUGACCCCCAUCUCACGCAGCCGGGUCAGCGCCAGGUUGGGGCAAUCGCCUUUACGUACGAGACCGCCCAUCACGUUCAAUCCGGUCAACGCCCAGAGCUGGGUGGUCACCGAGGAGAGCCACAGUCGGAGCGGGAGUGAAGAGAGUGGGGCAUUGAGACUAAAGUCGGAUCCCCAGACAGUGAAUAACAAGAAGAAGGAAGAAGAAACGGCCUCGCAGGUGGAAGUCAUGGAAGACCCGUUUGAGGAUUACUUGCACUACGAAUCCGACCGGGAUUAUCUGAGCGAGACGGGAAGCUUGCCAGAGGGUGACGACGAGGACGAGCCGAUCGAGACGAUCCAUUUCGGGUCGGAUACGGCUAGCGACAGGCCAAAAGCCGAUUUGAUGAGGAAACCGUCCAUCCGGACCAUCCACAGGGACCCUCCAGAGAUCGACGCCGAGGAGUUUCCGAACUCUCCUUCUCCGUACUCGCCUACCCCUCCAACCGCUUUGCCAGGCAAGGGAAUGGGAGCGGCGAGACCAAAGACGGCGGGGACAUUCCAGACGGAUGCUCCUAGUGCGUAUUCCAGGCCGAGUUGGAGGGCGUCGCAAUGGCCUGCUACCGCCAUGCACAGGGGCGCCAUCACGCAGAGACGGUCGAUCAGCGGUGGCCGUAGACAAAGCGAUGAGCUUGCGGCUCGGGAGAGCAGGUGGUAUGCGGAACAGUCGCGGUUACGGGCGGGGCCUGGCGAGAACAACCCGGUAGAAGGAUACAACAUGACGAAUCAGCAGAUCACCGGACCGGACCCGCGAUCGCAGCCAGUCGCUUCGAAUGAUGGGUACGGGACGUUCCAUGCGACGUAUGAAGGGCCUCAAGUGGUCGAUAUGCCUCGAAGACAACCGGCGUUCUCGACCCCGAUCCCCGUGACUACCCCAGAGGUCGCCCUCGGCCUGCCUUCUGCAGCUCACAACGGGUCGUUCGGAGCGACUACCCCGUUGCCUCGACCGAGAGACACCCCGCAUUAUUCGCCCCUAGGCCGAUUCUGGAUGACCGUCUCGCCAUUCGUGAUCGCCGGUUUGGCUCUGCUAGCGGCCGUAUUGACGACAAUGACUACGCGGGUUUACGAUACGAGAAUUGGCUCGAUCUACAGCGUGCCUAACCGAGUGUUCAGUCUGACUGCCGCUGGAGAUUCGCCGGGAGAUGUCAAGCUCGGUCUCGAAGGCUGGUGUCUGGGCGAAAAGAUGACCAAUUGUACGGCCUACUGGGAUCUCGCUUUUGGUACCGCCAAAGACGUCGCGAUCCCUCAUGACACCACCUUGAGACUCGCCGACUCGGCCAUGCUGACCUCGACCGUCUUCGCGUACUUGUUCGCGUCGUACGCAAUCCUGACUAUCAUCUUCCAAAUCUGGCUGCUUCGCGCUUUAGACCUUUCCUGGACGUUCCCGACUACCGAGUCCGAAGAGACUACCCUGAGAGAUAUCUACGCGAAGGCUUGUACGAGAGAAGUGAGAGAGGUUUAUUGGUGUUGGUGGGGCCAUCGGGAAGGUCCGAUCGGGCACAUCUUUUGGUUGACCAGUUUCGUUGGCGGGCUGAUCGGAUUUGGAAGUAUUGUCCAGUUCUCCAAGAAACUGCCCGAGUGCAGGCUCCUACCUGGCGCGUACCUGCCCCUAAUCGUCCAGGUUUUGAUGAUCCCGUGUACAAUCCGUGCCGUUCUGUACUUUGUUCGGAUUCGAGACAACAUCAAACGCUUCGAUCGGAGCUUGGAACUCCUCUUCCCAGCCCAUUUCGAUUCAACCGGCGACGGUCGACCUUCUGGUUCUAAUGAGAAGACCCCUGCUUUCCCGUCCCGUUCCCAGCGACAGCAUCAUGAUCAACAUCAAGCUCGAUAUCGAAGUGUGACGUCCUUUGCCUCCCAACCUGAAGGAGCACAAGAUGCAUAUUCAGAUGGAGCUGCAGCUCACACGACGACGACCCAAAGAAGGAAGAAGGGCAGAAAAGCCAAACCCAAAGCUUCGGGGAAGAAAGAUCGAUGGGCUUCGUCCAUUUGCGGAGGAGGAUCGAGCUUUUAUUCUCCAGAAGUCUUCAGCCCUGUAAGACGGCUCGAAAAGGUUACGGAUGUCGCAGAUCAAGCCGGAAAUCGGGAUCGUGAAGCCGGUAACACGAGCGAGAACGCCGGUACCGGUGUAGGCAUAAGAACAAGGAAGAUCCGCCGUGACCCCGUCCAACCUGACCCGUUCCCGCUCAGACUCGCAUUCCACCUCGAACGUACACCCCGGUUCUUCGUCCUCUACUACAGGUCUAGUCUUGUCCCGCUCGAACAGCGCCAGGUCGAACUUGAGUUCCUGUUCGGAUCUGGGAGCCGGGGUAAACGAACGGUGGAAAAAGGCUUAUGCACGGUCGAGGUCUUUGUUGCCCAUCAUCGACCGAUGUCAGCGUCAACAACAAGGCGACCCUUCUGACGAAAGAUUCAUCUUGUCUGAAGACGGUCUUCUGUACAUCUAUCUCGAAGAAGAAGGAGCCGGAGAAACGGAGAUGGAAGUCCCUAGGCUGGUACCACCAGAAGGGAGGAUCCGGGCAGAGUUGAUCGAAGAUGCUUUCGACGAGGUGACCUCCAACGAUAAUCACAAAAGCGGUGUUGGUGCGGGUGGGAGGAAUUCGAGGUGGGACAAGACGAUGGUGAGGAGCAAGGUCAAGUUGAACCUGAGCUUGACGUUUUGGUGGGA